CGAUGAAUAAGAAAGGCGAAAGUGUCCACACUGUCAGGGUCCCUCGGUGUGUCGGAGUGUCGGUGGGUGUCCAGCAGCUUUUGUGAGCGAUAAAUGCUAAAGUCUGGUGGUGGUAUUAGUCUGAGGAGCGGCGGGCCUCGCAGGUCCUCCCUGAGCCCCCCGCCCUGAGCGCGGAUGGUCGGGGCCGACGGCGCGAUGGCGGCCCACUCCAGCGAACUGGAACUGGCCAAGAAGAACCUGACCGACGCCAUCGGCGACAACAUCAAACAUUACUGGGCUAAUCUGAAACUGUGGUUCAAGCAGAAAAUCAGCAAAGAAGAGUUCGACAUUGAAGCCCGGCGCCUUUUGGGACAAGAUAAUGUUCACGUUCACAAUGACUUCCUGUUGGCCAUUCUUACACGCUGUCAGAUUAUUGUAUCCACACCAGAGGGCCCUGGCUCACUGCAGUGGACGGGCAGCUCUGCCUCAAAGCCUGGGAAACCAAACAAAGGCAAAAAGAAAUUUUCCUCUGUUCGUCAGAAAUUUGAUCAUCGCUUCCAGCCCCAGAACCCAUUGAGCGGAGCACAGCCGUUUAGUCCGCGUGAGACUCAGGAUGAGGAGGAGAUGAGGCUCAGCGCUCACACGCUGUUACUGCCCACGCGCGGCCAGCUAGAAGCGCGCAUGAUGGUGACCGCCUUCGAGAUGGGCCUGGACAAUGUUACUGAGGAAGCAGUGAGCACUGUGGUCUGCGCUUUAGAGGUCCACUUAAAAGACGUCAUAACUGCUGUGGUGUCACGGAGAAAAGCCUACCGGUUGAGAGACGGACACUUCCAGUACGCCUUUGGCAGUGAUGUCACACCCCAGCCCUACCUCAAAAACAGCCUGGCAGCCUACCAGACUGUCACAGAGUGCCCUCCUCCCAGUGCCUCCUUGCCCGCCGGCCCACCUACCCAUGUGUCUCCAGACGAUGCGGAACAGCAGGCUGCUCUCCUGUUGGCCUGUUCUGGUGACACUGUUCCUGCCCCUCUGCCUCCUAUUGGCAUGUACGACCUACUGGAAGCUCUUCAGGUGCACCGCAGGGUGAUGCCCUCUCACACCGUUUACGCUCUGAACAUCGAGCGAAUCAUCGCCAGGCUCUGGCACCCCAGUCACGAGGAGCUGGAGCAGGACCACAUCCACAGACAGCGGCUGGCCGCCAAGGAGGGCCUGCUCAUCAGCUGAGAGAGGCUGCGUUUACAGAUUCAGGGGUGGUUUAUAGUCCAUCUUUGGAUGACUCUGACAGCCAAAAGCAACACGAACAUGAACCAUUGUUGGUGGACAGGUGCUGCAUAUCAGAUCUACAUGUGUGUCACAUUACUGGUAGAGCUGAUGGUGGAUAUACAAGCACAGUUUGUUUGUGGCGAGUGGACACAGCACUAUUUGCCUUUGUGACCAAGGACUGUUUACCUGCCUUUGGAUACAGGGCGAUGGAAUUGGAGCAUAAUCUGGCCCAGUAUAGCCCUGGGAUUAUGGCAGAUAUGCCAGGAUUAUUGGUUUUUUGUAUUGUUUUUUUAUUCUUCUCCCACACUCUUCUGGAUAUACAGUAGUUCUACUUAAAACGAGAUUUAAUUGGCCUGGGUUUAAGAAAAAAGGACCAUUAAUUUAGGUAAAGAACAGUUUUGUUGGAAGGAUUUUGACACUUAAAACUAGUGAAUAGGGGCCACUUAAAUGGUUUAUUGAAAUUCAGAUUGCAUUGACUCUUCUGUCUUAACUUUAAUUUAAUUAAACAGUAGCUUGUACUAAUACAGUAUAUGUCCAGAAGCUUAUAGACACCUGUUCAUCUACCAUUUCCUCCGAAAUCAAUUCUCAUAUGGGAAGGCUUUACAGAAGAUAUUGUAACAUUGCUGUGAGGAUUUGAUUGCAUUUAGCCACAAGAACAUUAGUGAGGUCAGGUGCUGAUGUUGGAUGAUCAGUUCUGGACACUCCAACUCAUCCCAAAGGUACUGGAUGGAGCUCCAUUACUCCAGAGAAUGCAUUUCCAUGGCUCCUCAGCCCAAUGCUGGGGGGGGGGGCUUCAUACCCCUCUAGCCCCUGCUUGACAUUGAGCAUGUUCUUCUGCACACAACAUUACACAUUUCCACCAGAGAGGUCUCCAAAUCCCCAAAGCUUACAUAGUGCAGCUUUAAAGUAGCCAUAUUCGCUAUUUAGAAGGGCUGGCUGUCAAUGAAAUUUGCUUUCUAUAAACCGUUUGAGUGAACUGAUGAGGUAUUAAAAUCUCUGUUCCUCUGUGAUCUUUCUUGCUCCUGUUCUGACACAGGGGUCAGUUAUGGUUUUACAUGGCUAGUGGACUCGCAGAGCUGCCUCCUGGUGACUUCAGUCAACAGAAGAGGCCCCAGUCAUAUAAUCUGAUCAGCAGGAACUCGGUUUGUGUAGAUAUUUUGCACUUUUGUAAAUAUUUCUGUACCAAGUAAUGUUCUUUUUCCUCUCAAACAAUAAAUGCCAACAAUGAUAAAUGGAAAAACAACGAUAAUCACAUCCAGUGAAGGUUCCUGCAUACCUGGCUUUGAAUCUUAAAGGUUCUAACUGCUUUACAAAUUGAUGAUAAAUGGUAAAAACUGGCCACUUGGUCGGACAUGUUCAGCGUGUUGAACGUGCCAGAACUCCUUUAGUUAACCAGAAGCCCUUAAUCAUUGAGCGUGUUUACAUGCUGUCAAUAAUCCGAUCAUAAUCAGAUUUCUGCAGUUAUUAUUCAAAAGGUCAUGUAAACAGCAAACUCAGAUUUCUUAAAUCGGACUAAAGUCUGGAAAUCUGAUUAAGAAAUCUGGUUAAGCUGGAUUUUAGCUCAGUAAUCAGAUUUCUCAGUGCAUGUGAACCCUUACUCUGAUUUCUUUCGCAUUUCUCAAUCUGCGCAUGUGCGGAACAGACUGCUGUACCUGAAAUAAGCAAGCAGCGAGACGCAGCAAAACACUUUUGGAGCGAGGCAGAAACCAACUACAUUCUCGAUGAAAUUAAGGAUUUAAAUAUUCUUCAUCUUCUUGAUGAUGUAUGUUUGUAUUUUCAGUUAAAGUGGCGUGAUGUUUAAAAAAAAAGCUGAGGCAUGAGGUUUGAGUUUAUUACGUUUACGUCGCGUCUUCUGUGGGUUUAUUGGCCGGUUUCAAAGCAGAAAUUUGAUAACUGUUUGACUCAAGUUUCUCCCUUAUCUGGUUACUGAAGUGUAUGUAAACAUGUUGAUCGGAUUGCUGACAAAAUCUGAUUUUCUGCAAUUAUCGGAUUAUUAAGUGCAUGUAAACGCACUCACUGUAAGUAACCGUGUAUAAAUGAAUGUGUUCUUGAAGACUAGACUGGACUCUCUACAAUGUGAUUGAAAAGGCAGUUUAGAAAAGGCUUUUACAAAAUCAGAAGAACAAUAAUGGCUGAAAAUUGUUAUUUUUUUUUUUAGGCUUUUGAUAAUAAACUGAAGUUUUUGACAACUGAAAUAAUGUGAAAUAAACGUUUAUUUAA